UGAUAUAAGAAUAAAUAAUGUGAAAUGCUGAUAUUCACACUGUCUAUUGUUUUAUUAUUUUCAAUUUGUAUAUUACUAUAUUCACAUAUAAACACAAGUUGUCAAAUCAUCACGACAAUUUGUAAUAUUAUUAUAUUACAAAUAUACUGUGCGCUUUAUUGGAAAAUUGAGAAAUGGAAGAGUUAAAUGGUGAAAGAAAAGGGACUUCAAAAUAUUUCGCUGAUGGGUUCUUUUAUCAUAAAAUGAAAAGCAAGGAAGAAUCAGACAAAAAUAAAAAGGAGAAAAUCAUUUAUCGAUGUGCAACACGGGCAAGUACUUCCUGUACUGCUACAGCAGAAGAAGAUGAAAGUACUAAGGAAGUAAAAUUUUUCGGAUGUCAUAUUGAUAAACCAGUAGCUCAUGGAGCAACUUUGUGUCGAUUGAAAGAAAAAAUGUUACUCAUGGCUGAAAACACGUCUUUACCUUUGCGAUCUAUUUACGAUCAAGUUCUCGAAGACCAAUUAGAAGAAAUAAAGAAAUUGGUUAAUUUUGAAUCAGUCAAAACUAUGAUGAGCAGGAAAAGAAAUAUAAAUGCGGGACAAAUUCCGGAAACAAUGGAAGGCUUUGCAGAGAGUUUAGAAAAUAAUAUUUUUUUAAAAGGUUAUUACCAAGAAACUAUAACUGUGGGUGAAUCGUGUGCAACGAUAUUUAUGUCUAAUCUAAUGAGUACAUUUUUGCGAGAAAACACAUUUUCCACUGGAUACAUUGAAGACUCGAUUCGUCUUCCUUCCAUGAAACAUGAUUUUUCGCAUCUUUACACUGUGAGUGUGAAAAAAAAUGAGAGCAAAAUAGAUCCGAUUUAUACGCCAAUAUGGAUUUUGAUGUCUGAUAGGAGUUUACAAUAAUAUGAUGCGGUUUGGUGUAAAAUUAGAGAAUUAAUACCAUCGUUGAAAGUUGAGCAAAUCAAAUGCGGUUUUAAAGAAAACUCUGUAAAUGCUAUUCAUCAAAAUUUGAAAGAAUCAAUUCUUCAAGGAACUUGGCAUCAUUAUAUAAUAGUAAUAAUUAAUUGUUUAAAAAGUACUGCAUUUUUCAGAUUAAUGCAAAUUUGCAGGAAACUUACAACCCUUUUAAUUACAAACUUGGAUUAAAAAUUUGAAUUUGAAUAUCUUUGUUCAAUGUUCAGAUCGCAUUAUAUUAUUUAUAUUAUUAUUUAGUAUUUUUUCUUUUUUUAAUUUUUACUCAUAUAAUAGGAAUUAUUGGCUGAGUGGAAAUCACUGAAAAUUCCAGAUAAUUGCAUAAGUGUUUUGUGGAUGGCAUUAGGACUACCACUACUCCCAUUAUCACAUUUUGAAGAUGGAAUUCAUAUUAUUCAAACUGAGGCUGAUAAAAUAGCACUUCAAGAACCACUGGUGAAUUCAUAUAUGACAUACUUAAGAACGAAUUGGACACAAUUGGCAGAAUCAGUCAACUCUUUCCAUUGCAACCAGAAAAUGGAUCCAUUCGAAGCAACAUUUUUUACUUAUUUACUUUCAUCAAUAAGUCAAGUGUCAGACCCUGAUAUUUUAAAAUUAAUCAGUGAGUUGGUUUCAUUAUCUAUUGAAACUUAUAAAUUUAUU